AUGGCUUCUAGGGACAAAAGAAGAGCUCUGGAACACACGUUGCAACAACUUCGGGAUGUCACAAACUCCACUGCUCUGAACAAAGCCUCGAUCAUUGUAGAUGCCUCAAAAUAUAUAGAGGAGUUGAAACAAAAAGUGGAGGGACUGAACUCAGAGCUGGGGAUCACAGAAUCAUCAUCAACCUCUCAAAUUGAUGAACUACCUAUGGUGAUUGUGAAAACCCUAAAAAAGGGUUUCCUCAUUAAUGUGCUUUUAGAGAAGAAUAGUCCCGGCAUGCUCGUGUCUGUACUCGAAGCCUUCGAAGAACUUGGCCUUGAUCUGCUUGAUGCUAGGGUUUCUUGUGAAGACAGUUUCCAGCUAGAAGCUGUGGGAAGAGAAAGUCACAAGAACGACAGUGUUGACGCACAAGUGGUAAAGCAAGCAGUGUUGCGAGCAAUCAAGAACGAGGACUAA